GCGUGCCGCGCGAGGCUGUCAUGGCGACUAACAUCGAGCAGAUUUUUCGGUCUUUCGUGGUUAGUAAAUUCCGGGAGAUUCAGGAGCAGCAUUUCGGCAGUGGAAAGAUAGGUCAACAGAAUGGGGAAAUAGAUUCAUCUGAGCAAGGAAAUGCUGAUGAUACAAUUGCAUCAAUUGGAGCUCUUCAGAAUGACCCACUAGUACAGAAGAUAGAGCAAGUAUUAUCAGAGGUCUUGGGUGCAGAGCCACCAUACAAACCAGAUGCUGGACAGGAUACAGUGAAAAAUAAGUCCUGUUCCACUAAAAGAGGCAUACCUGAUGACGUGCAAGAUGAAAUUCCAAGGAAAAAAUCUAAAAAGGACAAGAAACACAAAGACAAGAAAAAGAAGAAGAAAAGAAAGAAGGAGAAAAAAGAGAAAAAAUAUAAGAAGCAGUCCACGGAAUCAAAAUUAAACUAUGACCACAAAGGGUGUGGAGAUAUACAGCCUGCUUCUCAUUUGAAUCCAGAAAGCUUAGUUUUGAGUGCAGAGAGUGUGACUGUAGGACCUGCGUCUCCCUUGAAACGUGAUUCUCAGUGGUUUAUGGAAAAAACUUUGUAUGAAAACCUAAACUCAUCUUUGUCAAAUUCACAUGAAGCAUCUAAUUCAGAUACCAGCAAACUGGAUGCAUCUGAGGAAGAUUCUGUUUUAAUCAGUAUUCAGGAGCUCUGUGAAGUAGAGGUAACUAACGAGAGAGAAUUGGAGAGUGAUACCAGUCAACAUACCAACCUGGUUGUGAAUUUGCAUGUAGAGGAUGAAUUUUUAAAUACUGCAGAUAUUGAAGAAGAUGAUACUAGUGUAAAAGAAAUGGAACAGGCUGAGGCUAGUUCAGCAUUGCAGGCUGCAGAAAAUAUAAAUGUUUCUGAGAAUAGUCCAAAGUUUAUGGCUGUGGAGCUAGAAGACAUGGAAGCCAGGGUGGAAUCUUAUUCAGUGGAGGUAAAAGAGUUGGACUCUCUCUCAGAAUCUUUGGAUCCAGAAGUCAUGACGCAGCCGGAAUCAAUUUCAUUUGAAAAGACUGGGUGUAAAUUCAUGAAAAUUCCUUUAGAGACAAAUGUGGAAGCUAAAGAUUCAGUAACAACAUUGGGAUUUUUGGCUAUGGUGGUAGGGAAAGAUUUUGAAGCAACUUCAGAAUUUUUGAACAAAGCAAAAGUGAAAGCUUCUGAAAGAAGUCCAGAUGAUGCCUUUAGAGAUAUGAACGAUGAAUUAGAGCAAGAUUCUGAGAGAAUUGCCAUGAUGAAAGAUUUGGAAAAAACUCUACAGACACAGUCUAGAAGAGAAAAGAAAGAUUUGGAAGGGGUUCCAGAAUCUGUGUAUAGAGUUACUGAAAAAGAUUCAAAAAGAAGUACAAAAUCUGAUGAACAUAAGUGCAUUGAAGCAUCUAUUGAUCCUGAAACAGUAGGAGUGAGAGAACUAAAAGAAACUCAGACUCCUACAAUUGUGAUGGAGCUAAAAGAUCCACUGAAAUAUCAAAAAUCUCUGGAAGCAGGUAUGAAAGAUUUCAGAAGAAUGCCAGAAUCGGAGGUUAUGAAGAGGACAGAUUCUGGAGCAUAUAUUUUGGGUACAGAAGCAGAAACAAAAAUUUUAGAAGUUGUUGCAGAAUCUGAGGAGAUGGAUUUGGGAUGUUUAAGAGGAACAUCUGUACGUGAAUCAGAAAAAGAUGAAAGUAUUCCAGAGAUGAUGGGUUUGAAGAAUCUAGACCGUUCUCCUAAAUUUGUGGGAUCAAUUCAGGUUAAUUAUUUGGAAGCAUCUUUAGAAACUGCAGUGGAAAAGAAGGGAGAGAUGGAUGUUACUAAAGAUUCUGAGACGGUAGCUGAAGUGAAAGUCUUAGAAAGCAUUUCCAGAUCUGAAACAGCUCCAGAAACUCUAGAUAUAGCAAAAACACAAUACCUGGAUGUUUCAAAGCAGGUAGCUGUGAAGACUGACAUAAGUGAGACUGACAUAAAUUUGAAGGAUUUGAAAAAAGUUCCAGAGCAACCUUCAAUGACUUUGAAAAAUGUAGACACUAUUUCAGAAGUGCAAUACAUGACAGAAAUGAAACAUGUGAAAGAUGUUUUACUGUCUGAUGUGGUGGCACAAGGAAAAGAUUCAGAAAUUAAUCUAAAGCCUCAAGGGCAGAGAGAGGAGAGAGAUUUAGAUGCUACUUCAGAAUCACUGCAUAUGAUAUUUACAAACUAUUCAGAACACAGUCUUGAACUUUAUACAGAACCUGAAGCUAUGAUGGAGUUAAAAAAUUCUGAAAGCGUUCCAGAAUUGCUGCACAUGGAGGAUGCAAAAAACUCUGAAGCAUUACCUGCAAUAGAAGUCAAAGACUUAAAUACUAUAGACUCUGCAGCAGUAGUAAAGUUGAAUGAUUUUGACAAAAAAAUUGAAUAUCUGCACAGAGGUGUGAAAAAUAGGGAAUCUAAGGCAGUGACAGAAAUGAAAUAUUUGGAAACACAUGUAGAAUCUGAAGCUCUGACCAAAGGGAAAGACAUGGAAAUCAUUUCUUGUUCUGUGACUGGAGUAAAGGAGAAGGCGUCGGAUACUACUGCAUAUGUGGGGAGGGGCCAGUAUGGUGCUCAGACAUCAGAUUGGGAAAUUAAAUCAGCAGGCCUGAACCUGAAAGACAUAACAGAAAAAGAGCUAUCUUCUGAAAUUAAAGGUCCAUUAAUUUCAGAAUCUUUCCAAGAGGUGAAUAUUUUAAGUUCAGAAACAACUCCAGAAGUGGAUGCCAUACCAGUGAUACAAGAACUAAAAGAAACUGGAGGAUUUAUACCUGUUUUGGAAGUAGACAGCCCUACUAAAACCUCUGGACUGGAGAUGUCAGCACUAAGUGAUCCAAAAGAUGCUUCCAAACGUCUGAAUACUGUAGAAGAUUUUGAAUCAAUUUCAGGCCACCAUGUAGUGGAAAAUCUAGAAUCUUUGCAGUUUGUGAAAACAAAAGACCAAGAAAUUAACUUAGGUUCUCAGCAGGCUUUGGAAGUUAAAUACACAGCAUCCAGUCCAAAACUUCUGUUUUCAGAUGAAUUAACUAAUUUGCAAGAAAAACAUAAUUUAGAAGAAAGCACCGAAGCAACAAGUUUUAUAGCAGCCCCAGAUUCUUCAUAUGCAUCAGGAACAGAACUGAUUGUUGCUUCAGAAUCUGGUGAGAUUAAUGAAGUCAUAGAUUCAGAAUCUAUGUAUAUGGCACAGACAAAUUCAGAUAACUUCCUGUACAUGAUGCACUUGAAAGAUUCCAAAACAAUGUCAGACUCUACGAUAAUGGAAGCAAAGGACUUGGAGGUAGGACCAGAAUCUUCCCACAGAGUGGGUAUAGAAACUGAAGAUUUCCCAGAGUAUGAAUCAGUUGCACCAUCACAGGUCUUGGAAGUUAUUGAAGAAUCUCCAAAGAAAAAUGAAAUGCAAGAAUCAAAAACAGCAUUUGGAAGUAAAGCAUCGACUGUUCCAGGGUUGGAAAUGAAUUCAGAAACUAUGUGUGUCAUGGAUAUUGAUAAUUCAGAAGUUGUGAAAAAAACACACGUAGCUCCAUCAUCACUAGGAAUUACAAGUACAGAAGGAACUCCUAUCCCUGUCGGUGCAGCAGAAGACAAAAACAUAAAAGCAUCUCAAAUAACUGAAAAAGAACUAGAACAUUUGUUAGCAUCAACAGCACCUGUAGGCCUAGUGAAAGAAACUUUUCACCCUACUCAUGUAACAAAUACAAAAGACUCAGAAGCAAAUCAGAUGUUGGAAACAAAUCUAGAAUCAGCGGACAAAAAAGAGGUAAAUACUAAAUUUGAUCAUGAAGCAGCUCCAAAUGGUUCAGAAAUCAUUAAGAAACAUAAACCAAUUGUAGGUACAGGCACUACAGAAGGCAUGCUGCCAGUUGUAAACAAAGCAGAAGAAAAGGGAUCUGGAUCAGAUCUAAAAUCAGAAGCAGCGCUGGUAGAAAAAUAUUCUGAAUCGGUCUGUGAAGUUUCAGAGGCAAAAGAUUGUGAUGCAACACUGUCUCUGUUUGUGGUGGAUGUAAAAGAUUCAGAAUUGAGUUCUGACUUAGUUGCGGGAGAGGUUAAAGCUUCAAACACAACAUUGCGCUUUGAAACAACUCCAGAACCUCUCUGUGUGUUGGAACUGGGGAAUUCAAAUGAUGUUGUGGAAUCUGUACUUACAACAGAGAUGAAAGAUUUAGGAGAAACAUUAAAUUAUGAAGUACUAUUGGAAGCAAAAGAUCCAGUACCCACUGCAACACAUCUAAUCACAUCAGAAUUAAAGUCGUCAGAGUCUGUGUGUGUGCUUGAAAUUACAAACUCUGAAGGAAUACUAGAGCUAACUACUCCAACAUAUCUCAGCUCGGCACAUUUGAAGUCUUCUGACACAACUGCAGAAAUUGAAGCGUUAGACAUUAUUGAUUCUGAGACUCCUCUAAAAUCAGAAAUGGAAGUUAAAUAUUUUGAAUCAGUUUCAGAAUCAGACUGUGUGCUGGAGCCAUUUGACUACAAACCUGUUCCAGAAUCUGAAUAUAUUGCAGAGGCGAAAGUUUCAGAAACUUCAGAGGCUGUCAGCAUGACACAGGUGGGAGAUCUGGAAACACCACCACAAUCUCAGGAAAGAAAAGACUUAGAACCUUUAGCUCAGUCUGUGUGUGCUGUGCAGGCAAGAUGCGUUGAAGAAAAUCUUGUAUAUGAAGAAGUGCGGGCUGUGUCAGAAACGACUCCACAGUUCUCCGGCAUCAUGGAAAUAGAAGAUUUGGGAGCAACUAAAUCAUCUGUGAUUGCAGAAAUGGGGAAGAAUUCAGACAAAAAAUCACAGCUGCAUGUUGAGGAAAAAUGUAAAGAAACAGCUACAGAAUGUACACAUGUGCUAGAUUUAAUGGAAACUUACGCAGAUGUGGAACCAGUCUGCAGAAUUGAGGGGAAAUAUUCAGAACCUAUUGCAGAAGUGGCAUGUGUAGUAGAUAAUAAAAAUUUAGAGGCAAAUAAAGGGUUUAUGGGUGUGACAGAGUUGAAAGAUGCAGCACUUGUAAAAUCUAAAACUGGUCCAGAACCUGUGCACUUAAAAGAUCUUGAAGCAAUUCCUAAAUGUGAGUCUCUUGAGAAAGAAAAAGAUUUGCAAAUUGCCCAAUCCUCUUUUGAUAAAGAAGGAAUGUAUUUUGAGGGAAGCUCAGAAUCUCUGUUAGUUUUGGAGAGACAGGAUUUGGAAAGAGAUUCAACUUCUGUGCUUGUGUCAGAAGUGGUCUCUGAAGAAUCACUGAAAUCUGUUCCUGCUGUGAAAGGACAAGACUCUGAAGCAGCACUUAAAUACAUGAAGGAAAAGGGUGUAGAAGUUUCAGAGCAAAAUACAGGAUGUACAUAUAUGGGAGAGAUGAAAGAUCUGCCAUCAGCUCUGGAACACACAGAAUUAGCCCAUGCUAAGAAUUCUGAAAAGGCUUCAGAAGUCACUUUGGAGGUGAAAAAUUUGGAAGCAACUUUAGAACCUUUGUGCUUGAUGAAGGGGGGAAAAUCAGAAGCAGUUACACUGGUUUCUUUGGAGGAGCAAAUAGUAAAGGCAUCUGUAAAACCUGUAUGUGCGGUAGAAAAAAAUUUGGUAGCAGGUCCACAGGUAACUGUGGAGGUAAAAAAUUCAGAAUCUGCUCUUGAGCUUGCGAACAUGGCAGAGAAGGACGUGGAAGCAACUUCAUGUGCCUCUGUGAAGGAUAAACAUUCAGAAGUUGUUCCAGAGUCCUCAGAGUUAACGCAUGAAAAUGAUGAAAGUAUUUCAAAAGAGAGGAAAAGUGAAAAAAUAAGCAGCAAAAGUAAAGAUAAAAGUAAAAGUGGGAAAAAAGCCAAAAAAAGUAGGUCAAAAUCUCCUUCCAAGUCAAAAAAACGUAAAAAAAAGUCUAGAUCACGUUCCACCUCUAGACAGUUAUCAUCAAGAAGAGCACGUUCUAGAAGCAAGAAUGAUUCUGAUUCCCGGAAAAAGCAUUCUACCUCACGUCGUAAGUCUAGAUCAAAAUCUGCUGAGAGAAAAGAGAGCAAAGAAAGGUCACUAAGAUCUAGACGAAAGCGUUCUCGGACUUCUGAUCGUCAUAAAUCUAGAUCCAAAUCAGUUGACAAAAGAGAAACUUCACUACGGUCAAGGCGAAGACAGUCCAGAUCUUCUGAUCGUCGGAAGUCUAGAUCCAAAUCUUUUGACAGAAGAGAAUCAGUCAGGACAAGACGAAGAUUGUCCAGAUCCUCUGAUAAUCGCAAGUCUAGAUCUAAAUCUUAUGAUAAAAGAGAAACUUUUAUAAGAUCAAGACGGAGACUGUCUAGAUCUUCUGAUUGUCAUAAGUCUAGGUCACGAUCCACUGACAAAAGAGAAACAUCAAUAAGGACAAGGAGAAGACAGUCCAGGUCCUCAGAUAAUCACAAAUCUAGAUCCAAAUCAGUUGAGAAAAGAGAGACUUCAGUGAGGAGAAGGAGAAGGCGAUCUAGAUCCUCUGAUAAUUAUAAGUCUAGAUCCAAAUCUGUUGACAGAGGGGAAUCUUCAAUAAGGUCAAGGCGAAGACGGUCCAGGUCCUCUGAUCAUCAUAAGUCUAGAUCCAAAUCAGUUGAUGACAAAAGAGAAAUUUCAGUGAGAAUAAGGCGAAAACGAUCCAGGUCCUCUGAAAAUCGCAGAUCUCGGUCCAAAUCAGUGGACAAAAGAGAGUCUUUGAGGACAAGGCGAAGACGAUCCAGGUCUUCUGACAACCGCAAAUCUAGAUCCAAGUCAGGAGACAAAGAGACACUGAAGACAAGGCGAAGGCGGUCCAGAUCAGCUGAUAACCGCAAAUCCAGAUCUAAAUCUGUUGACAAACUGGAGUCUUCAGUGAGAGCAAGAAGGAGACGAUCUAGAUCUUUUGAUCGCAAAUCUAGGUCUAAAUCUGUUGAUAAACGGGAGACUUCAGUGAGGGAAAAAAGGAGGCGAUCUAGGUCCUGUGAUAAUCGUAAAUCUAGAUCUAAGUCGGUUGAUAUGAGAGAGACUUCAGCAAGAGCAAAAAGUAGACGAUCUAGGUCCUCUGAUAAUCGCAAGUCUAGAUCUAAAUCUGUUGAUAAAAGAGAGACUUCAACAAGAGCAAAAAGUAUACGAUCUAGGUCCUCUGAUAAUCGCAAGUCUAGGUCUAAAUCUGUUGAUAAAAGAGAGACUUCAGUGAGAGCAAGAAGGAGACAGUCUAGGUCCUCUGAUAACCGCAAAUCAAGAUCAAAAUCUUUUGACAAGAGAGAAACUUCAGCAAGGUCAAAAAGAAAACGAUCUAGAUCUUCUGAGAACUACAAAUCUAGAUCCAAAUCUAUUGACAAAAUAGAGGCUUCAGCAAGGUCAAAAAGGAGACGAUCAAAGUCAUCUGAUCAUAAAUCUGUAACAAAAUCUGGUGAAAAAAGAGAGUCUUCCCUAAAGUCUAGGCACAGAAAAUCAAAAUCACCAGAUUGCCAGAUGUCUAAAUCAAAGUCCAGGUCCAAAUCCUCUGAAAGAAGAAAGGACAAAGACUCAUCAGAUGCACCAAAAGGGAAGAGUUCCAAAUUGAGAUCAAAGUCUAAAUCCCCUGAAAAAACAAAGGGAACUGAAUUUUUGGAAGCAUCUGUGCAUAAUCAUGCAAAAUCGCCUGAACAUCCCAAAUCUAAAUCUAGGUCCAGGUCCAAAUCUCUGGAUAAAACAGGAGACAGGCCAAGAAGAUCAAGAAGUAAAUGCUCAGAACCCAAAUCUCACAUCCAUAGAACAUCAUCACGCUCUAGAAGGAAUCGUUCUCGGUCAUUAACACGGAAGAGGACCUCGAGAUCAAAAUCUGAUAAUCGAUCUCGCUCACGGUCUAGAACUCGCUCACGAUCAUGUUCAAGACGCUGGAGGAGAACUAGAUCAAGAUCUUUGUCAAGACAGCGAUCAUUAUCAAGGGAGAGACGUAGGCGAUCUCGGAGAAAUCGAUCAAGAUCUGUUGACAGAAGAAGGAGAAGGUCAGAUUCAAGAGACAGUUACAGAAUAGCUCUCAGAUUACGGUCCCGAAGUCGAACACCUGUCCGGCUGGGAACCUCUAGAUCUGCUGGUAGAAGACGGAGCUCUAGUGUAUCACCUGACCAUCGGCGAUCCAGAUCUUCAAGCAGAUCACCUAAACGACUAACUGAUUUGGACAAGGCACAGUUACUUGAAAUAGCCAAAGCAAAUGCAGCUGCCAUGUGCGCCAAGGCUGGUGUGCCUCUGCCACCGAGCCUUAUGCCUGUUGUUACUCCAGAAAAGAAGGAAGAGAAAGUUACCCAGAAGUCAGCAAAAGAGACGAUCAUGGAACUUACUGAGAAAUGCAAGAAGAUAGCACAGAGCCAGGAAGAUGAUGUGAUUUUAAAUAAACCUCAUGUGUCUGAUGAAGAGGAAGAAGAACAUCCUUUUAUUAAUCACCCCUUUAAACUCAAUGAACCCAAACCUAUUUUUUUCAACUUAUCUACUCCUACCAUAAAACCAGCUCCUCCGAAAAAUCAGGUUACUUUGACAAAGGAGUUUCCUGUCUCUUCUGGAUCUCAACACAGGAAAAAAGAAGCAGAUAGUGCAUAUGGAGAGUGGGUUCCAGUUGAGAAGAACAAAGAGGAAAACAAAGAUGAUGUCUUCCCUAACCCAGCUACUCUGGAGCCUGUGGACAUCUCUUCUGCACUGAAUGAACGGACAGUAGCUCAGAAGAGGCUUACUGAAAAUACUUUUGAUUUGGAGGCAAUGUGCCUGUUAAAUCGGGCACAGGAACGGAUUGAUGCCUGGGCUCAGCUGAAUUCUCUACCUGGCCAGUUUACAGGAAGUACCGGUGCACAGGUCUUGUCUUCAGAACAGUUAUCCAACAGCGGUCCCCAGGCUUGGCUUAAAAAGGAUCAAUUUCUCAGAGCUGCCCCUGUAACUGGAGGAAUGGGAGCCCAACUGAUGAGAAAGAUGGGAUGGAGAGAAGGAGAAGGCCUGGGGAAAAAUAAAGAAGGAAGCAGGGAGCCUAUUUUAGUUGAUUUUAAGACAGAUCGAAAAGGUUUGGUUGCAGUAGGGGAAAAGACACAGAAGAGACAUGGAGCUUUCGGUGCAGUGAAAGAUCUUGCAGGCAAACAUCCAAUUUCAGUAUUGAUUGAGGCCUGUAAUAAAAGAAGAUGGCCACCUCCUACAUUCGUGUUGGUGACUGAUAAUGGGCCUGAUCAUCGCAAAUGUUUUCUCUUUAAGGUGAUGGUCAAUGGAAUUGAACAUAAGCCUACCUUUGCCAGUCCUAAUAAGAAGCUUGCUAAAGCCACAGCAGCUACUGUAGCUCUUCAAGCAUUGGGGAUUGUACCAAAAGAGCUCUUGGCUAAUGCCACCAGCUUCAGGAGUGCCUCACACAAUUAACUAUGAUUUUUAUAUCAACAUUUUCAGAUAAUUUUAUUCUACACAAAAUGGUGUUUCCUUCCUGACACUGUGUACAUACAUUAGCAGCUCAUUGUAAAAAAAGAAAAAAGAAGGAAAACUGUUCAGGCUUUUCUUUUUGUACAUGGAAAAUGUAUUUAAAUCACAUUUAGUUUUGGUAUGUUUAUAUUAUUGACGUUAGUGAUGUAAUAAAUUCUUAAAUGACUAAAAAAUCAAUAUAUAACUCUGAAGGUAUCCGUAAUGUGUUUGGAAAUGUAACCAACUUUCCUUGGAAUAUGGAAUGUAAAAUUUUAUUGUUUGUACCAUGAUGCAGUUCCUAUAAUUUUGGUAAAGUUUUCGUUGUAGUCAAA